AUGUCCUUAAUCAAUGCUGCUGAUACCCUCGAUCCGCACUUUCAGACUGUCCCCAUUAUCGAUCUAACGGAUAUCCGAAGCAACGAUAUAGUAAAACGCAGAAACUUGGCAAACGAAAUUCGAGAUGCCUGCAUACAGGUUGGGUUCUUCUAUGUGAAAAACCAUGGGAUACCCGACGUCGUGAUACAUGAUGCCCUUGAAAUGGCAAAGAAGUUCUUUGACCUUCCAAUAGACACCAAAAUGGAGAUUGAGAACCGCAAAACUCCCAACUUCAAGGGAUAUUCACCAUUACUCAGUGGGAACAACGAUCCAUAUGGUGCAGGAGACAUGCAAGAAGGCUUUGAAUUCGGCUGGGAGGCUUUCAACAACGACGAAGCCGAUAAAGAUAGCGACACUGAUGGUGUCAUGCAUGGGGCAAACAUCUGGCCAUCUGAGACUGACGUUCCAGGAUUCCGUGCAAGAGUAAUGCACUACUAUCAUGAAGCAGUAAAACUUGGCAAAAUGCUGUUUCCGUUGUUUGCAAUGGCUCUCGACCUGCCCGAUACUUUCUUUGAUGACAAGACACAACAUUCAGCGGCUCUGAUGAAGCUUUUACACUAUCCUCCUCAGACAGGGCCUGUAGAUGAUCGCGUUAUUGGUAUUGGAGCGCACACCGAUUGGGAGUGCUUUACAAUCCUCUGGCAAGAACAUGGUAUCCAGGCCCUGCAAGUCCUUAAUUCUGAGAAGAAAUGGGUCGAUGCGCCUCCAAUACCAGGCACUCUCGUAAUCAACCUUGGUGAUCAAUUUGCGCGCUGGACGAACGACAUUUUUAAAUCAACCGUACAUCGUGCUAUCAAUCGAAGCGGUGUUCGUCGAUACUCGAUCCCAUUAUUUUUUGGCACUGAUUAUAACGUCAAACUCGAGCCUAUGCCAAGUUGUGUAUCAAUCGACAGGCCUCCGAAAUAUGAAGUCAUCACUGCAGGAGAAUACGUCAAGGCACGCUUACAAGCCACAUACAACCACUAA